AAGACACUAGCAUUUUGCUAGUGCCUUACACGACGCUAGGCGGCUCCGAGCUCGAUUCGCCUCGCGGGCCUCUCUUGCGUCCUCUGUGGACCCAGGAACUGCCAAACCGGCUGCGUCAAGUCAUAAUCAUCAACUACUGCCAGCGCGCGUGCCCUGCGUACGCCGUACUCGCAAAGCGCAUUCUCCCUGAAAGAGAGCUCUCUGGAGCAGCGCCAGCAUGUCGCACUACGGAGGCGGCGGCGGUGGCGGACGCUACGAUGACAGAAGGGGGGGCGGAGGCGAUCGCUACGGCGGCGGCGAUCGCUACCGCGGCGGCGCCGGCGGCUACGGCUCGAACGACACGUACCGCGGCGGCGGGGGCGGCUACGGAGGCGGCGGCGGCGGACGCUAUGACGAUAGAAGAGGCGGCGGCGGCGGGGACCGCUACGGAGGAGGUGGCGGCCACUAUGGAGGCGGCGGAGGGGGUUACGGCGGCGGAGGCGGCUACGGCGGGGGCGGCCCGCCACGAGGAGGCGGCGGCGGCUACGGCGGCAACCGCUACGACUCGUCGCGAGACGCCGGAAGGAACUGGCGCGACCGCGAGCUGGGCGGCGCGCGCGGCGGCGCGACGCAUCUCGCGCGCAUCCACGGCACGGAGGAGGACAAGGUGAACUGCCCGUUCUACUUCAAGAUCGGCGCGUGCCGCCACGGCGACCGGUGCUCGCGCCAGCACCACAAGCCGCCCUUCUCGCAGACGAUGAUCGUGCAGCACAUGUACCAGAACCCGGCGUCGCAGAUCGCGGCGGCCGGCGGCGACCCGUCGCAGCUCGACCCGAAGAAGGUCCAGGAGGAGUUCGACGACUUCUACGAGGAGGUCUACGACGAGCUCGCCGGCUACGGCGAGAUCGAGGAGCUCAACGUCUGCGAGAACCUGGGCGACCACAUGGUCGGCAACGUCUACUGCAAGUUCGCGGACGAGGAGCACUCGGACGCGGCGCUCAAGGCGCUCUUCGGCCGCUUCUACGCGGGCCGGCCGCUCGUCUGCGAGUUCUCGCCCGUGACGGACUUCCGCGAGGCGCGCUGCCGCCAGUACGACGAGGCGGUGUGCACGCGCGGCGGCUACUGCAACUUCAUGCACAUUCGCACGCCGUCGCGCUCGUUGAGAAAGGACCUGGAGAAGCGCUACAAGAAGAAGUGGCGCAAGGCCCGCGAGAAGCGCGAGCGCCAGGAGCGCGGCGAGAGCGUGUCGUCGAGCGACGACGGCAAGGGCUCGCGCAGCCGCUCGCGGUCGCGCAGCCGCUCCCGCGACAAGGGCCAGGAGAAGGACCGCUCGCGCAGCCGCUCCCGCGACAAGGAUGACAAGGAAAAGGCGGAGAAGUAGGCCCGCGUAACACUACAGCAAACACUCGGCGCGACGGCGUAUGAGGGUUAAGCUCUCUAAGCAAAC